GGCUGCGUGUCUGCCGACGCUGCGACCCCAAACUAACUUCUCCUCGUCACCUGCGAGGACUUUGGAGCGGGCUCGCCUUCUUCAGCCAACAGAUGCGACAUGCUUGGCCAAAUGAUUCCCACUCCAACUGUCCUCCCCGAUUCAGCGCGCUUGGGAGAGGCGGCGUUCACUUGCUCCUCUAUACAAACGGGAUAAAGAACUCCUCCACCAAGUAGGAAGGUCACCGAAAGUAGCGGCAGAACCGCUCUUCACUAUGCUUUGGGCUCAAUCUCUCACUUCAGAGAAGCAGCAUUUGUAGCGUCGGGAUUUUGUUUAUUAUUUUUUUUGUCUUGAAGUCGAGGGAGAUCCCAAGAAUCCAGACAUGCCUGUGAGAAGAGGUCACGUUGCUCCACAAAACACAUUCCUGGGAAUGAUCAUUCGGAAAUUCGAAGGUCAAAACCGGAAAUUUGUGAUCGCAAAUGCCAGAGUGGAGAACUGUGCCAUCAUCUACUGCAACGAUGGCUUCUGUGAGAUGACUGGCUUCUCCAGACCGGACAUCAUGCAGAAGCCUUGCACCUGUGACUUCCUGCACGGUGACCUGACGGAUGAGGAGGCCAUCAGCCAGGUAGCCCAGGCGGUGCAGGGGUCGGAGGAGCGCAAAGUAGAGAUCACCUACUACCGCAAGGAUGGGUCGGACUUCCAGUGCAGCAUUCACAUAAUCCCAGUCAAGAAUGAAGAGGGCGUCGUGAUGAUGUUCAUCCUAAAUUUUGACUGUGUUCAGGAUGAAGGAAGUGACAGCUCCACGGAGAAGCUAAGCCCCACGUCGCCGACUAAGUCAGAUCAAAGAAGGAGUAGAUUCUUCCGCUUCCGACAGGCAGCUUUAAGUUUAAUGAAUACCAACAAGCAAUCUCUACCACAAGAGGAUCCAGAUGCAGUCAUGGUGGACUCGCCCAAAGACAACGAGGACUCGCUGGCGCUGCAGAGCUUUCCCUCGCCCACCAAGAGCAUCUGCAGUCCCAUCGAGGCCAACGACAGGCACGCACUCAUCGGCUCCAGCCGCCACUCGUCCCAGGCCAGCAUCGGUCCCGAGCCCGUGGACCACUCUUCCCCGAAACUGCCAUGGGAGAAGUUGUAUGAGACGGAUCUCCAUCAGUCUUCCACAUCUCUGUCCAACACCUUCCCCAGAGGAAGCGUCAGUAGCAUGAGGCGAGCGUCUUCGGCCCACGAGAUCGAAGGCUACAGCGCCAAUUCCAAAGGUGGCUAUCGAGAUCGACAGGCAAAUGAAGGUCCUCUAAAUCAUGUGAAGUCGAGCCUGCUGGGCUCCACCUCUGACUCCAACAUCAACAAGUACAGCACCAUCCACAAGAUCCCCCUCAUUGCACUCAACUUUGCUGAAGGCGGCGACAAGAAGACGCACUCUCCGCCCACGUCGGAGAAAACCAUCAUUGCACCAAAGGUCAAGGACAGGACGCACAACGUCACAGAGAAAGUGACACAGGUUCUGUCGCUCGGAGCAGACGUGCUCCCGGAGUAUAAACUCCAGACCACCCGCAUCGACAAGUUCACCAUCCUGCACUACAGCCCCUUCAAGGCUGUGUGGGACUGGCUGAUCCUGCUGCUGGUCAUCUACACAGCCAUCCUCACCCCCUACUCGGCCGCCUUCCUCCUCAACGACCAGGAGGAGCAGAAGAGGCGCGAGUGCGGCUACUCCUGCAGCCCUCUCAACGUGGUGGACUUGAUGGUGGACAUCAUGUUCAUCAUCGACAUCCUCAUCAACUUCAGGACCACCUACGUGAACCACAACGAGGAGGUGGUCAGUCACCCGGCUAAGAUCGCCAUCCAUUAUUUCAAAGGCUGGUUCCUUAUAGACAUGGUGGCCGCGAUCCCCUUUGACCUGCUCAUCUUUGGCUCCGGAUCCGAUGAGACAACGACUCUGAUCGGACUGCUGAAGACGGCGAGGCUCCUGCGAUUGGUGCGUGUUGCUCGGAAACUGGACCGCUACUCUGAGUACGGCGCCGCGGUGCUCAUGUUGCUCAUGUGCAUCUUCGCCCUCAUCGCCCACUGGCUGGCGUGUAUUUGGUACGCCAUCGGCAACGUGGAAAAGCCUUAUCUGGAGCACAAGAUUGGCUGGCUGGACAAUCUCGGUGUGUCGAUCGGGAAGAGAUACAACUACAGCGACCCCACGUCGGGACCCUCCAUCAAGGACAAGUAUGUCACAGCACUUUAUUUCACCUUCAGCAGUCUGACCAGCGUGGGAUUUGGGAAUGUUUCUCCAAACACCAACUCAGAGAAGAUCUUCUCCAUUUGUGUCAUGCUGAUUGGGUCACUCAUGUACGCCAGCAUCUUUGGAAAUGUCUCGGCCAUCAUCCAGAGAUUGUACUCAGGUACAGCCCGGUACCAUGCUCAGAUGUUACGGGUCAAAGAGUUCAUCCGCUUCCACCAGAUCCCCAACCCACUGAGGCAGAGAUUGGAGGAAUAUUUCCAGCACUCCUGGACCUACACGAAUGGCAUUGACAUGAACACGGAGGUGCUAAAAGGCUUUCCUGAGUGCCUGCAGGCCGAUAUCUGCCUCCAUCUCAACAGGAAUCUUCUUCACAACUGCAAGGCGUUCCAAGGAGCCACCAAAGGCUGCCUCAGGGCGCUGGCCAUGCACUUCAAAACCACUCACGCCCCGCCCGGCGACACUCUGGUCCACAGCGGGGAUGUGCUCACAGCGCUGUACUUCCUCUCCCGCGGCUCCAUAGAGAUCCUGAAGGAUGACAUCGUGGUGGCAAUUCUGGGGAAAAACGACAUAUUUGGAGAGAUGAUCCAUCUGUUUGCCAAACCUGGAAAGUCCAACGCCGAUGUGCGAGCCUUGAGUUACUGUGACCUGAGCACCAUUCAGAGGGAGGACCUGCUGGAGGUGCUGGACAUGUACCCGGAGUUCGCUGACACCUUCUUCACCAACCUGGAGCUCACGUUCAACCUCAGAGACGACUCUCCCAAGCCUUCAGGCUCCCAGGGGUGUGAUUCAGACGCCGAGGUCCCCAAGAACGUGAAGCGGAGGACCUCUUAUACGCUCGGUGAUUCCAAAGGGGAGAACAGGGAAGUGGGUGCAGACUUGGAAAGAGAGAGGGAGAGGGAGUCCGACUUGUGCCUGAAGAGAAGCCCAGAACUCCUGGGUCCCCCGUCACCCAACGCCCUGGAGUCGGACUCAAAUCUCGUUGGACACAUCCAGGCCAGAAACAGCUCCGGGAGUCCUUCCUUUGAUGAUCUGUGCUGUGAUAAAUGGGUCUGCAAGAAGCCUGCGGACUACCUGGAUGAGUCAGCACAGUUCCAGGACUGUAGAGAGGACGAUAACUCUGCCAGCGAGCUCACGUUCGGAGAGGUGGAACAGCGCUUAGGUCAGCUCCAAGAUCACCUGAACAGACUGGAGUCUCAGCUGAUGUCAGACAUCCAGACAAUCCUGCAGCUGCUGCAGCGGCAGCCGACCCCCGGGCCUCCAGCCUACAGCACCGUGACCUCCAGUCCAGACUAUCACAGGCUGGCUGUCAAGGUUCAGCCGGCGACGAUGACUGCGAGCCACUUUUUCAGCCAUUCAGGGCCUCAAGGACCAAGCCUCCGCCCGGAGGGGAGCAGUCACGAACUCAAAGACUCUUUUUCGAGCUUGGCGAGCGUGAGCGCCUCCACAGCUGACAGCCUUACGACAUGUGUACAGAGACACACAGAGCCACAGCAGCAUCAGCAGCCACCGGAGAGUGCAGGACUCCAGCAGUCCCCACUCAUCCUCAUCUCCACAGACCCCGCCCCCUCAUCCCCUCCGGCCUCUGACUCCCACGGACCAGCACCAGGUGCAGCUUUUCCACGACCAUAAACACCUCAAAGUUCAAGUUCAAAUAUCUGACUUGUAAUGCUGUAAUGACAAAUGAGCAGCAGGGUUGUGGAUUUACAGUCAUUUGGAUAUAUAUAUAUAUAUAUAUAUAUAUAUAUAUAUAUGUGGUCAUUUCUUUUGUGAUGUCUUCUGAAUUCUCGUCAGUCCAAACAUGCAGUAACGGCAGCAAAUCUGAACCACGCACACCUGUAAAUACCCAUGGUCCCCUGAAUUAAACACUUUAUUUUGGUAUUUAUUGGCAUGAAUGCUUGUUUCACCAGCCUGUGCUUGCUCGCUUCUUAAAUUGAGAUCUGUCGUCACCAUCUCUGUUUUGUUUGACAUUGACUAACCUACCUCACAAUUAGGCUGGUCACAUCAAUCCGAGACGUUCACUGCCCCCGACUGGACCCAAGCCAUCAUAGCAGCAACAUAUCAAUACGGCAAGGACCAGGGAUCCUUUUUCACGGUUCCUGAUGGAGACCCGGACGGUACCAAAAAAAAAAAAAGGCAAAAUAAAGUUCAGUUUUUGCCCCCAGAUUUUCCACCAAAGACAAUUUGACGUAUCAGACCAGCAUUUUGAGUCAAUACUGCCUCUAGUGGAGAGUGAGUGAAGAGUUCUUCACCUCAGCCGAUCGAGUCCCAGUCAGGGAAGCAGUGAGAGGUUUGAUAGAAGCUGCAGCUCCGCUACAAGUCCGUAGCAGAUGACUGAGGAAUUGGUUGUCUAGUUCCUUUGUUGAUGAGCCUUUUUAUUAAGCUAAAUUUAAAGUCACAGUCUGAAUCACUAGAUCUGUUUACGGUCCACGUUACCAGAGAAUAUUUCACAUUUCAGUAACACGUAGCUCAUAUCACCAUUUACAAAGACUUGUAAGUAAACACUUGCUUUCAUCGGUCAAUGUAGUUGUUCUCAGAACCGGUGUUUUAACCGUGGACCACGUGUUGAAAAACACCAUCAACAACAGUGAGCAAAUUGUCGCCCCUGAAGGGCUCCACAGUUUGUGUUCACACAAGCUGAGAUGGCAUAUUCUGGAGUUCAUCGACAGAGAGGAUAGUAUAGGAAAUGCCUGAUAUUUGCCCCUGAUAUUCACUUUUAUUCCUAGCUUGCCUGCUAGUUGUGUGAGCUAAUGAGUGGGUGAAGUUGAAUGUCUAUUUCAUACAAUGGUUGGAUAUUAGGAUGCUCAUUCCUCUAUAGACGACUUGAAGGAGAGCUGCAGCUGCUGCUGCUGGAUACUUUAGCCUUGAAAGUGAAAAUUUGCAUGGCCAGCAUUCUUUGGCGAUUUCAUUUAACAAUCUCAGGCUUAUUUUUUUUUUGGAGAGCCUGCUGAGUUUAGAGUGCCGGUCUUUGUCUCCUUGUGUAAAAAUGAGCCAUGGAGGUGUAUUACAGCAUUAUUACGUGGGUAUCUGAACACAUAUCUGUCGUAUUCUCUGAAGUGAGACUCAGGGGUUGUGGACUAUCGCACCGCACCAUAUCCAUGGUUUCCUUUUAAGAAAGAAUAAUGUGCAUUAUUACCGAGGUCAAUGACGUGCACCUGAUAUAUACGGCGGAUUUGUAGAUAGUGCAUGUGUUUUUUUUGUUUUUUGUUUUUGUUUUUUUUAAUCUAGUAAAUGUUUUUGCACUGCUUGAAAGCCCAAACGUAGCACAUCACACAAUUUAAUAAUGAUGUCAUGAUAUUUAGGAAGCACUCGGAAGGCUAGAUUAAAUUUGAACACACCCCAAACAGGGACAUGUGCCUAUACACUGGAUCCAAAUAAAAGUCAGCAUCUUAUUUAUUACUUCUAUUGAAAACUCUUGACAUUUUCUGGUAUGUAUUUUGGUGACCAUGCUAAUUGUAAACUGUGUUUAGACAUGCGGCGGGAAAAUACGUCACAAGAUGUGAGACGACUGAUAUUUUUUUAACUGAGGUUAAUGAGAUAUUGUAGGGAAUGCUUGUUUUGAAGGUGUGGGAGCAAUAAAGUCAAUGCACACA